CGGUGGGACCUCCGUGCUCUGAUGUGCUCGGUGAGAGGGGAGGAUGGCCAUGGUUCUCCUCGCCUCGUUGGUCGCCGUCCUUCUCCCGGCGAUAGGCGCGGGCCUCCAGAUCCAGUGCUACCAGUGCGAGGAGGCGGCGCAUGACUGCUCCCUGCCGGACUACGUGGUGAACUGCACCGUGAACGUCCAGGACACGUGUCAGCAGGAGGUGCUCGUGACACCGGACGGUGUGCACUACCGUAAGUCGUGUGCGUCGUCGGGGGCGUGUCUCAUCUCGUCGUCGGGCUACCAACAGUUCUGCACGGGGCGCCUGCACUCGGUCUGCAUCAGCUGCUGCUCCCAGCCGCUGUGCAACGGGCCCCGCCGGAGGCGGAGCCAGCCCUCCGCCAGCAGCGGCCCCGCCCCCCUCCACCAGCCUCUCUCUUACCGUGCCCACCGCACCAACGCCCGGAGUUCAGAAAAUUGA